AUGGCAGCAUCGCAAGAAGGACGUGUUUCAAGCGAGGAUCCUCUUUUAUGCACAUCACCUAGCCGAAAUUCAUUAAUGGAGGUCGAUAUAGUGGAACCUUUAGAGUGUGUAGCCUCUGACGAGCCAAGCAAGGCCGCACAGUUGUCGGAUGUUACAGAUGUUGGAAGUGAUGAGAUGGAGCUUGGUGAUGAGUUACCAGAUCAUGGUUGCUUACAAGAAGACGAGAUACCAAGAGUUGGAAUGCGGUUUGCUCAGUUACAGAUGGCUCAUGACUUUUAUGUGACCUAUGCAAAGAAAGCUGGAUUUGCAACUAAGAUAAGGACGACAACAUUUGAUAAGAUCACAAAGGCUCCCAUUAACCAGGCUAUACACUGUAAUCGCGAUGGGAUCCGCGAGUCUCGUGUUAAAGCACCAACGCGGAAGAAUACGAUUUCAGCUGCUGGGUGCAAGGCAAGGAUAUAUGUAAAGUUUGAUAAAGACGUGCAAGACUGGGUUCUGCUCAAGGUUGACUUGACGCACUCUCACCCUUGUUCACCGAAAAAGGCAGUGCACUAUCAUGAGUAUAGGCAGUUGACCAUGCAUGCGAAGUGCGUGAUCGAGGAUAAUGAUGAGGCUGGGAUUCGACCAAACAAGACAUUCCUUGCUUUGUCAAAUGAAGCUGGUGGCCCCUCUAACUUGGGAUUCUCAGAGAAGGAUGUAAGAAAUUAUAUAACAGCAAGGCUCCGAAGUAGCAACGUGAAUGCGGAUGUCAGGGAGAUGAUGAGCUACUUUAGGAGAAUGAAGGACAUCAAUCCGAACUUCUUUUACGCGGUGAAGUUGGACGAUGAGUGUAAAUUUAAGAGUGCAGUAUGGGUUGAUGCAAGGUGUAAGGCGUCGUAUGAAUACUAUGGAGACGUCAUGUCAGUUGAUAGCACGUACAGUAAAAAUAGGUACGUAUUAGUUAAGUUGGUGUUUUUACCUUUUCUUGAUAAUACGAAUUUUGAUCGUGAUUGGCAUUUCUUACAUCUGGUUGGUUUUUCUGGUAGGCAUGGAUUACCGUUUGUGUUGUUCGUUGGGGUCAACCACCAUGGUAGGUCGACCCUCCUCGGUUGUGCUUUGUUGGGGAAUGAAGAAAUCGGAAGUUAUGAGUGGGUUUUUGUCCAAUGGGUGAAGUGCAUGGGAACUGCUCCAAAGUGUAUCAUAACCGAUCAAUGUCGAUCCCUUUACCGUGCGAUCAAAAAUACUUUACCCGACACACGCCACCGGUGGUGCAUUUGGCAUAUUAUGAAUAAGCUACCUUCGAAGCUUGGGGGUUACCGCCGGUACGGAGCUUUGUAUGGUGACCUAAACGACAUUGUGUGGAACUCUCGGACGGAGGAGUCAUUUGAAGAUGAUUGGGCUGAUUUUAUAGAUGAGUACAACUUACAUAACAACACAUGGCUGUCAGAUCUGUAUGAUGACCGACGCAUGUGGGUCCCAAUAUACUUCAAGGGUGAAUUUUGGACAGGAAUGCGGAGUACGCAAAGGAGUGAGAGCAUGCACGCAUUCUACGGUGGAUACUUACACAGUAAAACUAGCUUGGUCCAAUUUGUUCAUGAAUAUGACAAUGUGCUUGGAGUCAAGGAGCAGAGGGAACUGGAGGAUGAUGCUGCAGACUCGAGGGGGGUUAUCCCUUGUGCAACUACCUCGCCUAUAGAGAAACAGUUUCAGCAAGAGUAUACCACGAGCAUUUUUAGGGAUGUUCAAAUUGAGUUUGUGAGGAAGGCUAACUGCAGAGUUUCUGCAGUUGAUGAACAGGGUCCAGUGGUCUGCGUGAAGGUGGAAGAGGAGAAACUACUCAACGAUACUAUUCUAUGCGUUCCGUAUGAUGUUCACUUUGACCGUUCCACACAGGAGCUUCGUUGUGAGUGCAAUCUUUUUGAGAGUUCAAGUGUGUUGUGCUGUCACUAUCUUGCAGUUUUUCAUUCGUAUAAAUUGUAUAAAGUACCUACCUAUUAUAUUCUCCCUCGAUCGAGCAAGAACAUAAAGUGCAAGCAUACGUAUGUCAAAAGUAGCCAUGAUGUCAGUCGGUCAGAUGAGAGUCAUGUUGCAUUCAGGGGACUGUGUGCACACUUCUAUAAUGUUGCUCAAGAGUUCCUCGGUGAUGAUGAAGAAACAGCAUUGCUGCAUGUUGCUUUGGAAGAAACAAGGGCCAAGUUGGCUACGCACCGUGCCAAAAAGAGGUCCGAGAGAAUGGCAGAGACUCAGACCAACAUUGGCUCUCAGAGUUCGAAUGAUGUCGGUGUUGAUGACAUCCAAGGCCCAUCGAAGGUCACCACAAAGGGCAGGCCAAAGAGUAAGAGGCUUGGCUCUGCCCUUGAGAAGUCCAUCAAGAAUUCAAGACGGAGAAAACAAAAGAAUUCACAUCCGGUGGUUCGUCCGCACACAUUUCAAGAUAUAAACCAUUGUGAUGUUUCUAGCCUGGAUGUUCCCAAACAAGACGGUGGUUUCAUGAUUCAUGUUAGUUUCAAGGUUCUAAGGCAGCUGUUGCAAAGGUCCACAUGUAUACAGUUUAAUAAAGUUGUUUCUGAUUUCUACACGCUUGACUAUAUAGUUUUUCGACUGGAUGUUCAUUUUAGUAAGGUAUUGGAUGUUCAGAUUACCUAUAUUGUCGGAUGGUUAGUGGUCACCAGUUUUGAUAAGCACAAAUAUGGCAGCUUUACCAAACAACCUUUAUAA